CCGGAGCCCCAGGAACCUCCUUUGUUAUUCUACGAAGCAGCCGUAACCCGAACAGAUAAUCCCCCAGAAGAACUCGAAGAUGUGCUUAAUAACCGUCUACUCUGAGAAGCACAAACUACACGAUCCAGUCGAAGAAUUCGAACUCGGACGCUUCCGACCUUUCCAGGAAACACCCGCCCGAGUGGAGCACAUCAUCGAGAGUAUCCGUACCCGGAACCUUGGGCCCGUUAUAUCGCCGCGGGAUUUCGGCCUUGCACCAGUUCUGAAAGUCCAUACACUCGACUAUGUCGACUACAUGAAGACUGCCUACGCUGCGUGGACAGAGAUCGGCGGCAACCCAAACGGCGUGUUCCCUGAUGUGUUUGCAGUCCGCGAGUUCAAAAUGCCUAAUGCGCGAUCCUCGGAAGCUGGGAAAUCGAAAUUUGCGUAUACUCCGGAAGGAGGUCCAAUCGGCCGGCCGGGAUACUACUGCUACGACGGGACCGCAGUGAUCGCCGAUGGCACCUACGAAGCGGCGUACGAUGCAGCCCAGGUCGCAUUGACCGGGGCGGAGCUACUCGUCAACGAGAUGGCAAAUGGGGUUUUUGCUCUAUGCCGCCCGCCGGGUCACCACGCGCAUGAAGAUUUGUGUGGAGGGUACUGCUUCUUCAACAACGCCGCCGUUGCAACGCGACACCUCAUAGACGUGCUGAAAGUAGGCAAGGUUGCCAUUCUGGAUAUCGACUAUCACCACGGGAAUGGCAGCCAAGCGAUAUUCUAUCACCAAUCCAACCCGUUAUAUGUGUCCUUGCACGCUGCAUUGGAGUACCCGUACUAUACGGGCAGCGAGAGGGAAACGGGAGAAGGAGAAGGGACCGGGUACAACGUCAACAUUCCGUUACCUUUGGGGACCCAGGACGAGGAGUACGUCGCUGCUUUGACGGACGUGCUUGAGAAGCGGAUUAGGCCGUAUAGCCCAGACUACAUAGUUGUCUCCUUGGGCGUCGACACCUUCAAGGAUGACCCCGUCGGAGGACUUUUCCUCACAACGGAAAAUUAUACGCGGAUCGGACAAGUCAUUGCGUCUUUGUCGUGUCCCGCCCUCUUUGUCAUGGAGGGCGGAUAUGCCGUCGCCGCCAUUGGUGAGAAUGUCGUCAACGUGCUCAUGGGGUUCCGUGAUGGUUUCUCGUCGUAGAUGUAGCGGGAACUGGUGUAAAGAGACAUGCCGUCAUGGAAGGGCUUCCGCAGGUUGUUAGCGUAGGUGCGUGGGCUGGCGUAUGGACAACGGCGUGCACAUUUGAACAGUGUAGAGCGGUAGCUCAGAAUACAGUAGAAAAGCUUCGCGUCAGAUAUAAUAGACUUCUUGGAGGCCUCAAUUCAUCGAGGACCCAGACAUUGCUCGUGACAUGAGUCUCGAACUCCGUCAAAUUCGACAGUGCGUGCACCUGUCAAUCCGUCAAGGAAUAUCGGAC